AUGGAAAAAUACUGUUCAAAGAUAUUUCUUAUCAUCAAACGAAAAAUUUCAUGUUUUUCCAGCAAAUUUAGCAGAGAGCUAUGGAAAUCACUAGUUAUUUCUGGGAUUUCAGUAAUAACUGUGUAUUUGAUUUAUACAUUGUUGUCUAGCUCUCCCUGCUGCCAAUCUUCUAAGCUAUUGAACACCAAAUUUGAUCUAUACAAAUUGAGGAGACCUAAUUUUAGUGCAAAUAACUCUCCUACAAGUAUUGAUCAUCUUGUUUUUGGAAUUGCCGGAUCCUCGAAUUUAUGGGGCAAUAGACGAUGGUACAUUGAAGCCUGGUGGAGACCGAAUAAUACACGGGGAUUCCUAUUUCUAGAGAGACCUCCUAUCGAGCAUUUACCGUGGCCUUCAACUUCUCCCCCCUUUCGACUUUAUGAAGAUGACUCGAAAUACAAAGCGUACAACAAUCAUAAGAUGCCAUUCGCUAUCAGAAUGGUACGCGUGAUUGAGCAGAUCUUUAAAGCGGAAAAUGAUGGUGUAAGGUGGUAUGUCAUGGCUGAUGAUGAUACAGUUUUGCUUAUAGAUAACUUGUUGGAGGUUUUAUCGAGGUAUGAUCAUCGGAAAUACUUUUACAUUGGGAUGAACUCGGAAUCUAUUUCAUCGAAUGAUAUCAAUUCAUUUGGAAUGGCAUUUGGUGGAGCUGGAUAUGCUCUGAGUUAUCCUUUGGCAAAGGCAGUGGCAAAAAACAUGGAUUUGUGCAUUAAGAGACAUCCAAAUGUUUUUGGUAGUGACCAUAUACUACAAUCAUGCAUAGCUGAUUUGGGUGUCUCCCUAACUCAAGAAAAAGGGUUUCAUCAGAUUGAUCUACGUCGUGACAUCUCGGGUUUUUUAUCGGCUCACCCUCAAUCUCCAUUCCUUUCUCUACACCACCUUGAUGUCGUAGAUCCCAUCUUUCCCUCAAUGAAUCGUUUUGAAUCAGUAAAUCAUCUGAUGAAAGCCGCGAGAGUUGAUCAGUCGAGAUUAUUACAACAAAGCGUAUGCUACUACAAACAAAACAACUGGACUUUCUCUGUGUCAUGGGGAUACUCAGUCCAAAUCUACCACGAAAUUUUCGCUCCAAGCGUUCUUUAUAGACCCCUCGAAACUUUUGUUCCAUGGAAGAAGGGGGCAACACCGCCUUAUAUGUUUAACACUCGUGUCCCUAGAAGCGACCCUUGUGAAGUUCCUCACUUUCUCUUCUUUGCUUCGAUUGACGAAACUAAAAUGAACAACCAAAUCGUUACAACUUACGUCGCAAAAUCUCCUCCUCGUAGUCUACCACCGAGUGUCUCAAGUAGCACUUGUUCAACAUACAACAUUACAAAAUUCCGAGUCCUUUCACCGAUGAAAAAACAUGGAGGGCCUGGAAGCAGAAGAGAGUGCUGUGACACUGUACAAGUAAUGGGAAUGGAUUCUAUGGCAAUCAAACUUAGGAACUGCUUGAAGGAUGAAAUAGUGGCUUGAAUGUAGUGUCAGAAACUCUCUCUUUUCAAUUUGGAAAAUAUUGUAAUACAAUUUUUAC